AUGUUGAGACCCGCACAGUAUACAUCGGGAUCAACUGCGGAUGAAGACGAAUCUGUGACCUGCGAUGUAGACGAUUCUGUGGACUGCGAUGUUGAAGAUUCUGUGACCUGCGACGUAGAAGAUUCUGUGGACUGCGAGGUGGAAGAAUCAGUGGGUGUAGCUGUUGAGGAAUCUGUGGCCUGCGAUGUAGAUGAUACUGUGACCGGUGAUGUAGACGAUUCUGUAGACUGCGAGGUGGAAGAAUCAGUGGGUGUAACUGUAGAAGAAUCUGUGGCCUGGGAUGUAGAAGAUUCUGUGACCUGCGAUGUAGACGAUUCUGUGGACUGCGAUGUUGAAGAUUCUGUGACCUGCGACGUAGAAGAUUCUGUGGACUGCGACGUGGAAGAAUCAGUGGGUGUAGCUGUUGAGGAAUCUGUGGCCUGGGAUGAAGACGAAUCUGUGACCUGCGAUGUAGACGAUUCUGUGGACUGCGAUGUUGAAGAUUCUGUGACCUGCGACGUAGAAGAUUCUGUGGACUGCGAGGUGGAAGAAUCAGUGGGUGUAACUGUUGAAGAAUCUGUGGCCUGCGAUGUAGAAGAUUCUGUGACCUGCGAUGUAGACGAUUCCGUGACCUGCGACGUAGAAGAUUCUGUGGACUCCGAGGUGGAAGAAUCAGUGGGUGUAGCUGUUGAGGAAUCUGUGGCCUGCGAUGUAGAUGAUACUGUGACCGGUGAGGUAGACGAUUCUGUAGACUGCGAGGUGGAAGAAUCAGUGGGUGUAACUGUCGAAGAAUCUGUGGCCUGGGAUGUAGAAGAUUCUGUGACCUGCGAUGUAGACGAUUCUGUGGACUGCGAUGUUGAAGAUUCUGUGACCUGCGACGUAGAAGAUUCUGUGGACUGCGACGUGGAAGAAUCAGUGGGUGUAGCUGUUGAGGAAUCUGUGGCCUGGGAUGAAGACGAAUCUGUGACCUGCGAUGUAGACGAUUCUGUGGACUGCGAUGUUGAAGAUUCUGUGACCUGCGACGUAGAAGAUUCUGUGGACUGCGAGGUGGAAGAAUCAGUGGGUGUAGCUGUUGAGGAAUCUGUGGCCUGCGAUGUAGAUGAUUCUGUGGACUGCGAGGUGGUAGAAUCAGUGGGUGUAGCUGUUGAAGAAUCUGUGGCCUGCGAUGUAGAUGAAUCUGUGACCUGCGAUGUAGAUGAUACUGUGACCGGUGAUGUAGACGAUUCUGUGGACUGCGGGGUGGAAGAAUCAGUGGGUGUAACUGUUGAAGAAUCUGUGGCCUGCGAUGUAGACGAAUCUGUGGACUGUGGGGUGGACGAUUCAGUGGGUGUAAUUGUUGAAGAAUCUGUGAUCUGUGGGGUGGAAGAAUCAGUGGGUGUAAUUGUUGAAGAAUCUGUGGACUGCGAUGUAGACGAAUCUGUGGACUGCGAUGUAGACGUUUCUGUGGUUUGCGAUGUAGCCGAUUCUGUGGUCUGUGAAGUUGGCGAAUCAGUGGGCCCCACCGUUGUGGUACUUACACAGGAUGGCUGGAAUAAAAAUAUGGAAGAUUAA